AUGACUAAAUCACAACAACCAGCUGUUUUUUAUGUUCACGCUGCAUUAUUCGACUGUGACGGUACUUUAGUUAACUCAACCGGUGCAAUUUCAGAAUUUUGGAAAGAUUUUGGUAAAAAUAGACCACAUGUAAAACCAGAAGAAAUUAUAAGAACAUCUCAUGGUUGUAGAACCUUUGAUGUUAUCAAAAAAUGGUCACCAGAAGAUGCUAUACCCGAUCAAGUUACAGAAUGGGAAGGUAAUAUACCAGACACUUUCGGUCAUCAUGCUAAAGCAAUCCCAGGUUCAGUUGAAUUAGUUAAAUCAUUUGAUAAGUAUUCAAGAGAACAAACCGAGAAUGGUCAACAAAGAUGGGCAAUUGUUACUUCUGGUACUUUACCAUUAGCCACUAAAUGGCUAAAAUUAUUAACAAUUGAAAAACCAGAUUGUUUUAUUACUGCUGAAAAAGUUACAAAAGGUAAACCACAUCCACAAGGUUAUCAAAGUGCUAGAGAAACUUUAGGUUAUGGCGCAGCUCAUAAGAAAGUAGUUGUUUUCGAAGAUGCUCCAGCUGGUAUUGAAGCUGGUUUAGGUGCCGGUGCAUUUGUUGUUGGUAUCUGCUCAACUUAUGACCCAGAAAAAGUUAGAAAAGCUGGUGCUUCUAUUGUUGUUAAAGAUUUAACUUCAUUCCAUAUCGAUUCAUACAAUAAGGAAACUGAUGAAUUCAAAGUUGUCGUUGAUGACUAUUACUAUGCUGAUGAUGUUUUUUUACAAGAAGUAGCUUAA